AUGGCCUUGCGCGACGAGAUCGCAUCCCUUCAGUCUCAAAUCAAAACUCUAGAAUCACUUACAACUUCUAAUAAAACAGUUUCGACUCCUGGUAAUCAUCCCUUGUCUCCUUCUGGACCAGAAGAGCCGACGAUCAAACCAGAGGACGUUGAAAAGUUGGAAGAUGAAGUCAAAUCGAGUCAGAAGGCCAUCAAAGAUUUAGAAGGCAUUGUGAAACGAUUGAGGGCAGAAAAUGAAGAUCUUAUCAAAAAGAAAAAAGCCUUGGGUGAAGCUGAGAAAAAACUGCUCGAAAUAACCGCCACUGCUGAAAAGCGUAAAAAGCUUUUGGAUGAAAUGGCAACCGAGAAGUUUGAACUGAACCAGGAGCUCACUCAAGUGAAGGAGAAAAUAUCUGCCGAGGCUGAGGGCAAGCUAAAAAGUCAAAAAUCAGAAGCUGAUCAAAAUAUUCUCCAGCUCAAGAAAGACUUGAAAGAGCAAAUUGCGCAGCGGAAGCAGGGAGAGAUGAGGAUUUUGGACGCAAAUAGGAGGAUUGAUGAAUUGAUGAGCGAGGUUAAAAAGCUCGAGGGAGAUCUAAAAAGCGCUAAAGAAGCAAAACGGUACCUCGACAGAAUCUACGAAGAAGAAAAAUCGUCAAAAGAAGAAAUCGAAGCUUCUCGGCAAAGCCUUUCUCAACAAGUGCUCGACUUGCGAUCCCAAUUGGAAAGCGAAAACGCUCUUCACAUCGCCGAGCUGGAGAAAAUCAAGGAAGAUAAGGUGAAUGAGAAAAUCGAGGCGGCGAAUCAAUGGAAAGAGCUCGAGGCGCAGUUUACAAAGACAAUCGACGAGCUGAAAGGGAAUAUCGAGGAAGAAGUGGAAAAGCAACGCAUUGUUGAGAGAAAGGCCGCUGUUACUGUAAGAGAGCUCAAGAAACAAGUCAAGUCUGAGAAAAACAGGGCAGACAAGCUUCAAGAGAAGCUGCGAGAUAUUGAUGCAUCUCAAAUUUCAGUCCAAGAGCGACUUUCUGUUCCAAACUUGGCUCCUCCGCACAGAGAUGAAACUUCAUCAAUUGGAUCUUGGAGCGUUCCUACUGAGUUCGAAGGAGUGACGAUCCUUACCGGUAAUGAAGCAGAUGCUUUGAUGAACAAAAACAAAAGCCUGAUGGAGACGAAUCUUCAACUGGAAGAACAAGUUCGAGCCCUUGAAAAGAAUCAAAUUCAGAUGUCAGAAGAGCUCGCUUCUCGCGAGGAAAUAUUACGAUCGCGAGUUUGGCAAACUCGCCCAGACGCAGAAAAGCAAAAGCAACCCGCUGGUUUGUCCGAUAUAUUUUUGAACAAAAUCGUCGAAUUUGCCUCGGAAAACUCGACCAACUCACCUUCUGAACAAAGCGUAGGGCAACUAAAAGCACUCAAUAAAAAGCUUCUUCGAAUGCUCGAGGAAGAAAUGACGAAAAACGUUGCGAUGCGAAAAAACAUCGAGCAGCUUUCCAUUCAACUACAACAGACCUAA